UAGAAACUAUGAAUACUAUUUUGGAGAUAAUUUUAAAAUAUCUUGAUGAGGGUACUAUAGAAGAGGCAGCUUGUGCCGAAAGUAUUUUAGGCGUGUUGAUCUAUAGGUUUGAAUCAUCAAUAUCUGAUGAGAAAUACAUUCAACUUUCGAGGUACUUUGAAAAGUUUAACGCUUAUAUUGCACCAAUAGAAUUUCAUUCGUGCAUUCUCCUCAAUACUUAUGAUGAGGAUCUAUUCGUUACAGGGGAAACUCUUGAUAAUUUGAUAAGUCAUUUUCUGACAACGUUUUCUACGUGCAAUUUUGACUUGUGGACAACUCGUUUUCUUUUGGCUUUAAUACAAGAAUUAUCAAAAUAUACGAGUAUGGCAGUAUUACUUUCAACUUUCGUCUUUCAAGUUAACGGUUUUGCUAAAGAGGCACUACCUGAUUUUAUAUGCUAUUUCAUUGGUCUAUCAGGAGAUGCAGGCUCGGAUAUUAUUUUAAGGGUCAUAAACGAGUAUAUUAAAUUGCAAAAUAAGACCAAAGAGUUGGUUUCACUUUUUUCGAAGGUAGUGCUUUUAGUAAGAAUGGGUGCAAAAUCUAAGAUUCCAGUAUUCGAGAAAAUGUAUCAAAAAAUAGAUUUGGAGAGCUUCUAUCGGUUGGCUGCGAAAAGCAAACAGUAUAAAACUGCUUUGCUUUUCUUUGAAGAAUUUUGCAAUAGAUCUGAAGAUCCAAACAUUUUGAGCCAUGAUUCGAAAAUAUUGUCAGAAAUCUACAACUCUAUCGACGAUGAAGACCUAAUAUAUGGAUUACCAGAGAAAACGUCAUUGGACUACACGUUAUCAAUGAUAUCACGAAGUGCAGAUGCACAAGAAAGGGUUCAAUAUAACAGUGGUCUUUUAGAUGCAAGCUUGAGUUUGCGGUCAGGUCCUCCUUACGAGAAAAACAUGUUACUGUCCAUGCUAGAUAACGGUUUUUUGGGAGCUUCGAGGUUACUUAGCAAGGGCUCCGGAUAUUCAAAUAACAAGCAAAAUUAUGAAUGGGCUUGGAAAUUGAACAAAUGGGAUAUCUCAAUCCCCAAAACUGCUAGAGGAGAGCAUGAGCACAUAUAUAAAACUUUAAAGCAAAUCCAAGAUUAUCCUAAACAAGCCCUAGACUUAUUUCAUUCUUCCCAGUUGGAAAUUUUGUUAUCCAAAGAUGAAAUUCCUAUGAAGUCCGCCAGUUCAAAGGACUUGAGAUCUAAUACCUUGGAAUGGUUCAAAACUACAGCUGUUUUAUCAGGAAUAGGAAAUAUAAUAGAAACAGACUUGCAAAUAACGAAUAUUUCGGAUUUACAAACCCAGUUCUAUAAUAAGACUUCAUGGUUUGACGACGCUGAUUUUGAUGUGUCUGAGAACAUUUUAUUAGCCAGAAGGGUUACCUUUCAGUUAUUAACAGAGAUGAAAGAUACUGACGUGGUUAAUUCAUUAUUUGCAGAGCUGGUUAACGGCCUUGCUUAUGAACUUUAUCGUUACGGUGCCCUAGCUAGACAAUCGAAGGCACUGCAAAAGAUGAUAGGCUCCACCAUUCUAUUCAAUGAAGCAAUUAAAAAAUUUCACCUUCAACUACCUGAAGAUCUUUCUCAAAGCUUAUCUAGUGUAUGUACUUAUCAAUCGGCAUGCACUCUCUGGGACCAAGGCAAAUCAGUUUCACCAGUUGCAAUGUUGAGGGAUCUUUUAUCCAAGAAACCCAUAAACCUCCCUAUUCCGAUGAUGAAUAUUGACCAAAGACUUAUUGCAGCUAAAUUAGUUCUGUGGAUGUCAGAUUCAAGGCAAGACCUGGCUUCUAACAUAAUGGACAAGUAUGUACUUUCAAUCACCGACCAGAUAGAAUCGAUGGAGAACGUCCAACAGAAAUUGUUAGUUUACCAAUUACUAGCCCACUUUUGUGAACAACAAUUCAAAUCUCAUACAACCAGAGAAAUGAUCUCCAAAAUGAAUAAAAGGGUCAAUGAAAAACAUUCCAAACUAGAGGAAAUCAAAUCACAUUUCAGGUCAGUCCCGGUUCCCACAGAGGACAAAGUGUCCAUCCAAAAAUACUAUACAAAAUUAAAAAGUGAACUAAACUCUGAUCGAGCUGAGCUCAAUUCUCUUAAUGAUAAUUCUGAUAACUUUAGGAACAAAGCUGUCCAGUUUUAUUUAAAAUCCAUUAUCAUCAAUGAUAAAUCCGGUGAAGAUUUAGAUAAAUUCAUAUCGUUUUUCUUGGAGUUUUCUCAUGCUGACGAAUUGCAAAAUCUGUUAGCAGGUGAUAUUAAUCAUAUUCCGACUUAUAAAUUGAUAGGAUGGAGCACACAACUUGUCUCAAGAAUAUCGGAUGAAUCAAUUAACUUUCAAGGUUUACUUCGGAAACUUAUUCUUAAGCUAUGCCGAGAUCAUCCAUACCAUUCUCUUUAUCAACUUUUUUCCAUGAAGAAGCAUGAAGGCGUUGCCGUCAAAGAUUCGAACACUGCUAUGGAAGCCAAGACAAACGUCGCUAAGAAAAUGCUUCAAGAUCUUUAUGCCAAUGGAUCUUCUAAAACAUACAUCAGUGAAAUAUUAAAUCCUAUAGAAAGAUUAUGCGAUGAAUCAAUUUCCCUAGCCGAGUAUAAAGGUUCAAAGGGAAGAUCUAUCAAUUUGAAGAAAGUUUCGAUUGGGUCGUAUUGGAUGGAAAACUUACCUCCAAUUCCUCCACCAACCAUUAGUUUGCCAAUAAGUCAUACCGGCUAUCGAGACGUUGUUAAAAUGAGCUAUAUGGAACCAACUCUUAGUAUUGCAAUGUCGGGUCUCAGCUUACCAAAAAUUGCAAAAUUUAGACUUUCAGAUGGAACCAUGCACAAAUGUCUUUUUAAAUCUGGUGCCGAUGAUCUUCGACAAGACUCCAUCAUGGAACAAGUUUUUGAAAAAGUCAAUGAGAUAUUUUCGACGGAUAAAGAAACAAGAAAACGGCAAUUGAAGGUUCGUACAUAUAAAGCUGUUCCCUUAGGCCCACAAGCGGGUAUAAUUGAGUUUGUCGCUAAUUCGGAAGCAUUCAUAGAAAUCAUUAAGCCUUAUCAUGCAAAAGACUCUUUAAAGAUGGAUAAGGCACGAAGCAUGAUGAAAAACUGCCAGAACGGUGGAAAAGGGGAAAGACUUAAAGUAUAUGAAAGCAUCACCAAAAAAAUUAAACCUGUUUUCAGGUAUUUCUUCUUUGACAAUUUCUUAACCCCUGAUAAGUGGUUAGCUUGCCGUACCAAAUAUACCCGAGGAAUUGCUACAACUUCUAUGGUUGGCUAUAUAUUGGGCUUGGGAGAUAGACAUUGCAACAAUAUCUUAAUUGAUACUAAUACUGGUGAGCCAGUGCAUAUCGACCUAGGGGUUGCAUUUGAUCAAGGGAAAAGAUUACCUAUACCUGAAACAGUACCGUUCAGAUUAACUCGUGAUAUUGUUGAUGGGUUCGGGGUCACCGAGACUAGAGGAGGGUUCAGUAAAUCUUGUGAACAUACCUUUAGAGUCUUGAGAUCCAACAAAGAACAUAUAUUGGCUAUUUUAGAUGUUUUACGAUGGGAUCCCUUAUAUGCUUGGACAAUCUCACCAAUAAAAAAGAAGAAAUUGCAAGAAGAGACUACUAUAGAUAGGCGGGUUGCCCCAGAAGACGAUGCAUCAGAGGCCGGGGUUGCAGUUUCAACUGUUGCAGAUAAAUUGAUUGGGGAAGGCUUGAGUGUAGAAGCAGUUGUGAGAGAGCUAAUACAAGAAGCUACAAGCCCAGAGCAAUUAGCAUUAAUUUACUGUGGAUGGUCUCCAUUCUACUAGUAUACUAUUUAAUCCUUUAUACCUUGUAAAUAGUUUAAUUAGAUUAUCAG